GUUAAAGAACGACCAGCGUGAGGGAAGAUGAAGGACCCGCUGAGCAGCUGUACUUAUAAUCUGCUGUAUCAGGAGUUGAAGAGAAUCUCUAAGAAUGGGGAGGUUUUCUGUAAAGAGCUUCUGGCAGUGUUUCAGCAAAGAUCUGAACUGGAGAUCAACUAUUCAAAAGGACUUCAGAAGAUUGCAGGAAAACUUCUUAAAGUCUCCAAAGAGAUGAGUGACAACUCCACGUAUCACGCGUGGUCCUUCAUAUCAGAUGAGAUGUUCGCUUCAGCAGAUGCCCACCGGUACCACACUACACUACAUCAUUCUCCUCGCUUCAUUAUUCAUGUGGCUGCUGUGUAUUUAUAUCUGCAUUAUUCUUUCAGCAUUCUGGGAAACGCUCUCAAUCAGGAUGCCAUUCAGGAAAUCCGGCAAAUCCUGGAUGAACACGGCAAAAGAAAAAGGCCGCUUGACAAUGCAGUUGAAAAGUCCGGAAAGCUCGUUCUUACAAACUGGAGUGAACAAAUUAAGCUGAAAAAGAAGCUGAUCGGGUUGACAAGAGAACAUGAAGCUCUCUUCAGCUUUGUGGAGAAAAACAAGCAAAUCUGUACAGAGAAAGAAAAGCAGAAGAUGUUCAACAGAUUGAGUAAGUCAGCGGAGCUUCAGGUCAGAGUUGAUGAGGAAUAUUUCAACACUAACAUGGAGGGUCACCACAUCCGCCUGAAGCUGGAGAACACUCUCAAGACAUGCUACCAGAUCGUUCAGGAGCUUGAGAAGCAAAGAAUAGAGACUCUGUCCAACACCCUGAACAAGUACAGUCUCUUCAUGACUGUUUAUUCACAGACCGUCACUCACAGCCACAAGCAGAUUGAUCAGGCCGUGCGGAGGGUGGAUGUGGAAAAAGACAUUCAGUCUAUGGUCGAGGACGUCGCCACUGCAGUGGAUGAAAACAAAGCUGAAUUUCUCAUGGCCGACUACUUUGAGGAAGAAGGAAAGACAAUGAUGGGAAAAGACAGGAGAAAAGAUGCCAUUAGGACUAAACUUCAGCGUCUGGAGGACUGGAUCACCAAAACUAAAACUGACAGAGAAGGUUUAGAGAAAAUGGUGAAAGUAUAUACAGAGCAACCAAACUUCUCAAACCAGAAAAACCUGGAGGAAACCGAGCAGUUACUGGAGGAGGCCAUCCUCAAACUGGACCUUUUAGAGGCGACGCACUGCAAACUGACUCACAGUCUGGCAGAGAUUGAAGGAAAACCCAAAUCAAGACAUCGAUUCAGCGACAGCAUCACUAAAUGGAAAGAAAAGGACUGUGAGCACAGUGUAGUGCAGCUUUCUCGACCGGUGAGGAUCAAAAAGACUCCUUUCAGAUCACGUCAGUCCAUGAGGGCAGCAGUGAGCAAUGAGACAAACCAAAGCCCUGAAGGGACUGGAGCAAAGCCCUCGAAUGAGGCGACCAAUUCUGAUGAACAACAGAGUGGCCCGGUUAAUGGAAGUGCAUCUGAAUAUGAAGACGAUAAAGAAGCAGAAUUACGCUGUAUUGGCAGAUGCAAGGCUCUCUACAGCUUCAUGUCAGAGAGAGAGGACGAGUUAAACAUUAAUGAAGGAGACGUGCUGCAGAUCUUUGAGAAGGACGACACAGGCUGGUGGUUCGGUGAGCUAAAUGGACAGAGAGGACUUUUCCCUUCAACAUAUGUCGAAGAGCUGCCUGUUUUUAAUGCCAUGAAGUCAUCUGAAGCCUAACUUCAAGAGAACAUGUGGAGGAAAAGGUCACUGACUCCAGUGCCACUAGAUCAUUAUUCACUCAUGCUUUAACCCUUUAGUGAGUGAGGAAUCAUAUAUGCUAGGUUAUUUGA